AUGCGACCCGGCACCGAGAGAGCCUCGCUCACACCCCCGCCGAGAGGCCACGGUGACGACGGGACAAGGCAUGCCACCGCCGCCACCGCGCGCCACACCCCGGCAGCGGGUCCCACGCGGUGCGCGACCCUGGCACGCGGACCCGGAACGCCCGACAACCCUCGGGAGCAACCUCUUGCGCGCGGGGGCCGCUCGGCCGGGAGCGGGAUCUUCUGCCAGGCGGCGAAGACCCCGGCUCCGGUGCGGGAAAGGGUCGGAGGAGCCGCCUCCCCCGACCCCCGAAGGCGUCCGCACCCCUUCGCCCUCGCCGUUUUUUCCCAGCGCUCGCCGGCGCGUCGGCCGCCGAGCGAAGGGGACGAGGCGGCUCUCGCGCGCCAAGAAGAGCCGGGCUCGGGAGGACUCGGGCCGCGCGCGCCCACGCGGGCGCCCACGCGGAGGAACACCGGCGACCGGCGUUCGGCGGCGCCGGCCGCGGUGGCGCGAGGCUCAAAAGGCCGGCCGCCCCCCCCGCUCUCCGGCGGGGACGGACCGGCGGCGGACCGGCGCAGUGCCGCGCGCCUUCCAUCUCUCUGGGGCUGCGCGCGCGGCGCCGUCGGAAAGGGCGCGUGGCCCCCCCGGGUACCCGCCGAGGCCGGCGGCAGGGGGGCCGAGCGAGCGAGCGAGCGAACGGAGCGGGCGUUUGAGACGCCGCACGCGGCCGGCCGGACGGCCCGGCACGCGGGCAGGCGCCAGCCCCCCGAUAGUCAAGUUCGACCGUCUUCUCGACACUCCGGCAGGGCCGUGGCCGACCCCGCCGGGGCCGAUCCGAGGACCUCACUAAACCAUCCAAUCGGUAGUAGCGACGGGCGGAUCAACCAGGUAGCCGCCACCCACGGCGGCGCCACGGAGGCACGCGAGCAACGCGGACCGCCCGGCCCCACCGGCCAACGCCCUGCCAACCCUGACCGCCCCGGCUCUUUCACCGCUCCGACCCGCGGGAGCGGCAUCGCGGACGCGACGGUGGCGGCAUGGCAGCGACGCCAACCGGCGAGCGGCGGCCGACGCCAUCGCAAGCCCGGAGGCGCCUGGGGCGGGGAACGGCAGCACGGCACGGGGACCUUCCCACCCCCCCUCACCCGCCGCAAAGCGGCGGAGAGGCGCGGGACGCCCUCGGCAACGGCCGACCCCGGCGGCCGGCCCUUCCCGCGCCGCCGCGGGCAAGGAGCCGGGACCGCUGCGCAGCUUUCGGCUUCGGACGACGCGGGCCUCUCGGUCACGGCCCCCCCCCCCCCCCCCGGGGGGGGAAAGGGGACACCUGAGGGCUCGCGGGGCCACGCGGCCGUCACACAGCCCGGGACGGUAAAGACGCCCUCCCGGCAGCGGGAGCGGCGACACCUCGCCUGCGACGGGAAGCGAAUUGGAAAGGAGACCGCCCUGCCAGAGCACCGGACACCGCCGUGGCUUCCCCAUUACAGAGAGCCCCGGAAGAGCCGGCCCGCCGGGGGCCCUUUCCGACGCGACCCGAAAAGCCUCAUCGAUCGGCUGACAAAAGAGGAGCGAAAGAAGGCCCCGCGGCCUCGGUCCUGGGACAACGGCAGCCCGAAGCGCGCACCCACCGGCCGAGCUCCGCCACGGUUCCAGGCGGGCAGCGGGCAGACGGACGCGGGGCUGCUUUUUUCCACGGGCGGGACACGUCCCCGAGAGGCCCCUGCCCGCGGCUUGGCGCCGCCGAGCCUCCCCGACGCACCCGAGAGGCCGCCGACGCCGGCGGGCCGACUUCGCAGCGGCUUUCGCAUCGGUCACAGCGGAGAAGCGCGGGGAGGGUGCCGCCACCCGACCCCGGCUGCGGACGACGACUCCCUUUAUCGAGCGAGACAACAUCGGGACGGCACCAACCGGGGGAGGGAGGCCACGGCCAAGGCCGCGCUCCCGACGCCCCAGGGAACCUUUCCGAGCGUGCGAGGAAGUGCCACCGACCAUGCCCACGGGCCACCGGCUUUCGCCCGCCUCGCGGCGAUCGGCUUCCCUCCGGAAAAGCCGGGCGGGAACGUGGACCUUCUCGCAACCCAGCCCGCCGGCAACCACGGCAGCCGGGACAGGCCAGACACCACGGGCCGCCCCAGCGUCGCGGCUCAGUCAACGCCGGCCGAAAACAAGGAAGGGCGAGGCGCCGCCGCCUCGCCAGCAGCAUUCUCACAGGGCUCUCUGUCGGGCUUCCGGUCCACUCUCGGCAGGCAGGCCGGCCACCGCAGGCCGGCCGCCGCCCCUGAGACAUUCCCGCCCGCUGCGCGGGUUCCCCAGCUUAGGGCCGAGGAAGGGGGACGCAACUUCAAAACACAGCGGGACGGGGGGGGGGGCGAGGCGCCGCCGCCCCGCCGCCCCGCAGCAACAUCGGGCGACUCCCGUCACCGAGCCCCUCGGCCAACCGGGCGAGGCCGAGGCAAGGCCGCGCGCCCCACCGAGCGUUCCCGAGGCACCGCCGACACACCAAGCACAGGCCGCCAAGCAGCUCGCGCCGUCUUUCGGCCUUGCCCGUCACUGGGGCUGGGAAGCCGGGAUAAAGCCACGCGACUCCUAUCCCGCUCGUUCGACACUCUUCGUUCUGGCAACCGCGCGCGCGGCCGCCGCUCUUGGCCUUCAACACAGGCACUGACACAGCCUGCGGGGACACGGCCCAUCACCCGCUCCCAUAAUACGGACAGGCGAGUCCGAGGCCCCGGACGCCUCCAAGAGAACCAAUCGUACUUGACCGGGGCGGUGCGCUGGCGCACGCCGCCUCCUACCAUGACGCAACUGGAGGCAGCCAGAAACAGCGACCCCUUGGUGAACUUCCGGGACGGGGUGGCCAGCGGACGGGACGCCACGCGCUUCCCCGCGCCCCAAGCGCCGAGCGCGACGGAGCCUGCGGGCGUGGCAGCAGGGGCGACGACGCGCGGCCGGCCCGGCCGGCCCGGCCGGCCCCGCGGCGAGAGCACCAGGUCUACCCCCCCGCCCGGAGACGCGCCGGGUGCCCCACGAUCAUGCGGUACGCGACGGGGGAGAGGCGGCGCCGCAUCCGUCCGCCCCUCCGGUCCCGACCACGAGCGGCGCUCCGCACCGGGCCCGCCCGCGGACGGGCGGGCGGCCGGCUAUCGCGAGCCCACCGAGGCGCCGGCGGCGCUGCGGUAUCGCUACGUCUAG